CACAGACAAAAUCAAUUUUUUUAUUCAUUUUUAGUUUUACCAUCUACAUACAUAAUAUUAAAUAAUGUCACAGGCAGCAACUCAAACCAUCGAGACUAAUCAUGAAGACAUGAUUCAUGAUGCUCAACUUGACUAUUAUUCUCGUCGCUUGGCUACAGCUUCAUCUGAUCAUACCAUUAAGAUUUUUAAUGUUGAAGGAGAUAAUCAGACUUUAAGUCAUACCAUUACAGAUAAUACUGCACCUGUUUGGCAAGUUGCUUGGGCACAUCCUAAAUUUGGUACCAUCUUGGCUUCUUGUGCUUAUGAUGGCCGUGUGCUUAUUUUCAAGGAACAAAAUGGAACUUGGACAAAGAUUCAUGAAAACAACAAACAUACUGCUUCAGUUAAUUCUGUUGCAUGGGCUCCUCAUGAACUUGGUGCCAUCUUGGCCUGUGCUUCUUCUGAUGGUAAAAUUUCCAUCCUUGAAUAUAAAGAUGAUGGAAGUUGGGAAACACAGUUGAUUGAUGCACAUGGCAUUGGUUGCAAUGCAGUUACUUGGGCACCUGCUGCUAUUCCUGGUAGUUUAGUUCAAGCCAAUAAUAGUAAUAGCAAUAUUCACAUUGUGAAAAAGAUCGUUUCAGCUGGUUGUGAUAAUUUGAUUAAAAUUUGGGGAUAUAAAGAAGAAACAAAAACAUGGCAAGAAGAAGAAGCAUUAGAUGGACACUCAGAUUGGGUCCGUGACGUCGCUUGGGCACCUAACGUUGGUCUUCCUAAGAGUUAUUUAGCAAGUUGUUCUCAAGAUAAAUCUGUCAUUAUUUGGACACAGGAACAUCCCAAAGCAGAAUGGACACAUAAGACCUUGGGUGAAAAAUUCCCUGAUGUUGUUUGGCGUGUAAGUUGGUCAUUGUCUGGUAAUGUUUUAGCUGUUUCUUGUGGUGAUAAUAAAGUUACUUUAUGGAAGGAAUCAUCAAAGGGUGAUUGGGAACUUGUUGAAACCCUUGAAGAAAAUGCUUAAAAAUAAAAAAACCUUUGAUGCCACAUAUUACAUAGUGAAUAUAUGGACUUAAGGACUUGUAACAUUAAACAGAUGACGUAGAUUUAUUUUAAAACUUGUAUUUUUCAUAUAAUUAAAAAUAGUCUUCAAUAUGUGUGUUAAAACCUAAAGAAAAGGUCAAUGUUACACCUUCAGACGAAUAUUCCCGACAAAAAAAAAUCAGCAAGUGAAAUUGUUAGGCCAUCAAAAAUAGACAGAUAAACUCUUCUCUAGUUAAUUCUAGGAUCUCCUUCAAGAUGGGGGGGGUGUUUAGAGAUCCUAUUCUGCGGGAAGUUUUUAUUUUUAUUUUAAUUAGAAAUACCAUCAAAGUCCCCUUUUUUGUACU